UGAAGCGUCGUCGUUUGGGGGAUUCGAACAAGAAAGGCAUACAAAGGUGGUCGUCUCUCUCUUGUUCCUUCAGCUGUCGUCUGCGUGCGUCCACCACCAUGUUUACUCAAUCUUCAGCUGAGCUUGUGCGACCUAACCUCAGGUUUAUGGUUCCGCCCUCUCAGAAACCGUCGAUUGUUCCCCCUUCACUUCCCCGAUUUUUGCGGAUGGAGUCUCAAUCUCAAUCUCAGCCUCGCCAAUCUAUCUCCUGCGCUUCUUCACCAAUCAAUAAUAACCUUUCCCAGGCAACUCUUUCUUCUUCCUCCUUAAUCGAAUCAGCUCGAAUAGGAGAAGUGAAGAGAGUGACAAAGGAGACGAAUGUAUCAGUGAAGAUAAACUUGGAUGGCACUGGAAUUUCAGAUAGCUCCACUGGAAUCCCUUUCCUUGACCAUAUGUUAGAUCAACUUGCUUCACAUGGCUUGUUUGAUGUGCACGUUAGAGCUACUGGCGAUGUUCACAUCGAUGAUCAUCACACUAAUGAAGAUAUAGCUCUUGCCAUUGGAACUGCUUUGUUAAAGGCACUUGGUGAGCGUAAAGGGAUUAAUCGGUUUGGUGACUUCACUGCUCCUCUAGAUGAAGCGCUCAUACAUGUUUCCCUGGACUUGUCUGGUAGACCAUAUCUUGGUUACAAUUUGGAGAUUCCAACUCGGAGAGUUGGAAACUAUGACACUCAGUUGGUGGAGCACUUUUUCCAGUCUUUGGUGAAUACUUCCGGUAUGACACUUCACAUCCGUCAGCUUGCUGGCGAAAACUCUCAUCACAUAAUAGAGGCCACCUUUAAAGCCUUUGCCAGGGCUCUAAGACAAGCAACGGAGAAUGAUCCUCGCCGUGGUGGGACCAUACCAAGUUCAAAAGGAGUCUUGUCAAGGUCCUGAGAGCUAAGUAAUCAGAAGAAAAGCUCCCAGAUUCACUCUUUAUCAUCGAGUUCAUCAUCAGUUAGAAAGUGAAUGAGGUGAAGAUCACACACUUUAGAAGAUGAUGCCUUCAUCUUUAUAAUUAAUCUGUUGAUCAAAGAGUGUUUUGUUUCUCUGCAUUUUGGAAAAAUGUCUUACCAUUGCUGUAUCAAACUCAAACUGCAACUUCAAAGGACUGAACAAUUUGCUAGAAUAUCUUGAAACGACUGCCUUUUGAGUCU